GAAAACGGAGCUGGCACAAAUGAAAAGCUGCUGCUGCUGUGAGAGGGGAUUGGGGGGGGGGGGGGCUAGCCUGGUUAGCAUGCGAGCUAACACUUUAGCUUGUUUCCCCACACAUGCCGCUCACAUCGCCGGCUAGCCGCGUUAGCUACACCCCCUCCCCUCCUCCGAAAUGCCAAUUUCCGAAGCCUGCACCGCGAUUUCCAUCCUCCGCUUUUGCACGCUUUGCUUUAAACCCAUCCACGUGUUCCCCCUCAGAUUCCGAGCUUAAUGCUCUGACCCAAGGUGGUCUCCUCGGUGCAUCCCCCCCCCCAGUUCAUCUGGAGGACUUGUGCUUGUUUGUUUGCAUGCACAAACAAUGCACCGCUUACUUUUGUGGAUAAAGCAUCUCUUGGAAACAUGACCCCACGUCUCUUGCCAGCGACCUCAGUCACGCUCGCAUCGGCUCCCCAGGCCCAUCUUGUCCGCCGCCGCCGCGAGAAUAAAGAUGUUCAUGUUGUUUUGAUUGGUUCUCCCAUCCAGAGGAAAUCCAGCCGAGCGAAGGAGAAGAAAGCGCGGCGUCUGGAGGAGAGGGCGGCCAUGGACGCCGUCUGCGCCAAGGUGGACGCUGCCAAUAAGCUCAACGACCCGCUGGAUUCCUUCCCGGCAUUCAAAAAGUACGACAGGAACGGAUUGAACCUGCAGAUCGAGUGCAAGCGAGUGACGGCUCUCAACCCGUUGUCGGUGGAGUGGGCCUUCGAACUGACCCGAGCUAACAUGCAGACACUCUACGAGCAGAGCGAGUGGGGCUGGAAGGAACGCGAGAAGCGAGAGGAGAUGAACGACGAGAGGGCGUGGUACCUGUUGGCCCGCGACGGCGACUCCGCCCCCGUGGCCUUCUCGCACUUCCGAUUCGACGUGGAGUGCGGGGAGGAGGUGCUGUAUUGCUACGAGGUGCAGCUGGAGAGCAGAGUACGGAGGAAAGGGCUCGGCAAAUUCCUCAUCCAGAUUUUACAGCUCAUCGCUAAUGGUACGCAGAUGAAGAAAGUGAUGCUGACGGUUUUUAAACACAACCACGGCGCCUACCAGUUCUUCAGGGACGCUCUCCAGUUCGAGAUGGACGAGACCUCGCCGAGCAUGUCCGGCUGCUGCGGCGACGACUGCUCGUACGAGAUCCUCAGCCGGCGGACCAAACACGGCGAGGCCUCGGUGGGCCACGGCCACGCCGGCGGCCACUGCGGCGGGUGCUGCCAUUGAUCGUUUGGCCUCAAAACGCAGCCAGGCGCAAUCGUGUCCGUGAACGCUCGGGCUGCCUCCUUUCUUUGUAACGGGCCAGGGACGGUGGAGUAUUUGGUUCCAGAUCUCGAUGUUACGGAGCGACAUAUGUGUUUUUCUGCUGUAAAAGCGGCAUGCGGUGUGAGCUUCUGUUUGUUUGAUCCUUUCUCGUCAUCUCCGUCCUAUUCAUGACAGCCUGUGGCCCCGUUCUGAGCGCUCGUCCUCUCAUUGUCACUGUAUCGAAGGUUAGAAGCUGCACCCUCUAUCCAGGUGAGCCCUCGUGAAAUGUGAUUUCUGCCUCGUUGCAGUGACUGUAAAUGCACAUCGCUCCUUUUGUUUCAUGUUUUAUUUUUUUUAGCAUGCGCUCCGUGUGUCGGUUAUAAAAAAAAAAUAAUAAUUUAAAAAAUGGAGCGAGCCUUUUGAUGAAUUUCAGUCUUAAUGACAGAUGUGCUACAGUUAUGGAACUUUGCAGCCGCUCUAUUGUAAAUCCUCAUUAGGCUAACAUAGAGCAAUUUCGUGAAUGGUCGCCACUGUUGGGUUUCAGGAACUUAAAUCAAGAGUGGACAUACAGCCAAAUCCCAGGCUUUUAUUUUGAACGAGCGACAAGUAGUUAUGUUUACAAAGCCUACAGGGUACAUGCGUUUUGGAGUGCUUGUGUCAUUCCAUUGGAAUAACAAUCUACUUUUAAGUUCUGGAGAAUAGUUGGAAUUGCAAACAAAACAAAAAACAAAAGAGCUCAUCUCACGCCUUGGAAAAAAAAAUGUUUGUAAAAAAAGAAAAAUUAUGCUUUAACCACUCAUCACUCCUCCUGGCAGAUGAGCUGUCUUAAAAAAAAAAAAAAAAUUCGCCAAUUUUAAUUAUGACUUUUAUUUUGGAAGAACUGUUACUUAGCCACUAUUCCAACUAAACUUUCUCUUGAUCUAUUCUCUCCUUGUGUGUGUUUAUAUAUAUAUAUAUAUAUAUAUAUAUAUGUCCUCUUAUGGGUUCCAUCUUGAAGCGCAACAGUUUUUUGACAUGCAACUGUCUGACUGACUGAUGCUAACUGUGCAGUCCUUCACCACGAUGAAAGGGAAACAGUCAUUCUGCCUUGUCAGUGUUUUGUUUGUAUGUUACACAUCCAAUAAAGUUGUUUGACUUUUCAUAAGA